GUCCUCACCAACUUCGGCGUGUUCGGCGGCGACGGCGAGGCCGCCCCCCAGGAGCUGCAGCGCACCCCGCGGCACGGCGACGCCACCCGGCGCGAUCUCGAGAUCCUCUCCUGGCUCCGCGAACGCCGGGGGCGCGUGGCCGCGUGGGCGGCGCUGGACGCCUCGGACCUCCUCAGGUGGCCCAGCGCGCAGCACCUCGAG